GGGGUCCCAGAAACGGCUAUGGGUGCCGGCAAGGGCAGGGGGUGCCAGGGAAGGGCAGGGGGUGCCAGCAGGUCGGGGCUCAACCGUUGUCAUUACCGCUUAAAAGAGUAACUCCUGUCCGCAAUCUCUAACCUCAGGAUUCAUAAAUCCUUUCAUUUUUGGGUCAGUCUGACAACACAACCGUGCCCCGUGCUCUCUACACAUUCCAGACAGGGCCAGGGAGCCCAAUGCUGCUGCCACUAGACCCCUCUCCAUGCCAUGUCCCCCCACCUCCCUCUCCCUGGGCAUGUCAGGGACCCCCCACCCCAAACGGGGCUGGUCCCCCCGGCCCCCCCGCCUGCCCAGCGCUGCCAGCUGUAACCGCAGCCCGGCCGUAACCCAACUCCUCCGCGCCUGGUCCCCCUGUCUCCGGUCACCGCGGCCGGUGGGAGACGCAGCCGGCAGGGACGGGGCUCGGGAGCGGCGGGUCUGGGGGCGGCUGAGCCGACAGCGCUGCAGGAGAGACCCCCGAGCACGGCCUCCCCCGUCCAGGCGCUGCGGGGCUGCGGCUGGAGCUGCCAUGAAGAGCCUGAAGGCCAAGUUCAAGAAGGCGGACAGCCAGGACUGGACCAAGAACGAUGAGAAGCUCCUGCAAGCCGUGGACUACAAUGAUGCCGGGAGGGUGACAUCUCUCCUCGUCCGGAAGGGCCUGGUGGCCACCAAGUUGGACUCGGAGGGCAAAUCCGCGUUCCACCUGGCCGCCAUGCGGGGGAACGUGGACUGUUUGGAGGCCAUGCUGGCUCACGGCGUGGAUGCCAUGACCAAGGACAGCUCGGGUUACACUGCUCUGCACCUGGCAUCCAAGCACGGCCACCCCCAGUGCGUCAGCAAGCUCCUGCAGGCCUCCUGCCCCGUGGACGUGGCCGACGGCAGCGGCCGCACCGCGCUGCACCACGCAGCGGUCAGCGGCUGCAUCUCGUGCUCCGAGAUCCUCUGCGAUUUCAAGGCUCCCUUGAACGUCAAGGACAAGGACGGCUCCACGCCGCUCAUCCUUGCCGCCAAGAUGAGCCACUCGGAGCUGUGCCGGUACCUGCUGCACCGCGGCGCGGCCGUCAACAGCCGGGACCUGCAGGGGAGGACGGCCUUGAUGGUGGCCUGCGAGAACGGCAGCGUGGAGACGGUGGAGGUGCUGGUCAACGCCGGCGCCCGGGUGGCCGUGGUGGACUCCACGGGUCACGACGCCGCUCACUACAGCCUGGCCACGGGCAACGCGCUCAUCCAGCACUUCCUGCAAGAGGCUGCUCAGCGCCGGUCCUGGGCCAGCGAAGAGGAGUCGCCUGAGCAGACGUCCCAGACAUCUUCGCCCAGCCAGUCAUCUGCCAGGGAGAAGAGCAACACCCCGAGGAAGAGGAAGGCGCCUCUGCCCCCGCUGGGCACCCCCAGCCAGGAGGACCGGGACGCCUACGAGGAGAUCGUGCGGCUGCGGCAGGAGCGGGCCCAGUUCUUGCAGAAGAUCCGGGGCUUGGAGCAGCAGGAGAAGCAGAGACGGGAGCGGGCAGAGCUGGACGAGGGCUCCCUGCGCUCCAUGGAGAAGCAGAUCCAGGAGCUGGAGGAGAAGCUGGCGGCGCGGGAUGGAGAGAAGGAGCAGCUGGGCAAGGAGGUGGAGGCUCUGCGGAGCCGCUUGUCCUCGCUGGAGAACGAGAAGGAAAACACGAGCUAUGACAUCGAGACGCUGCAGGACGAGGAGGGAGACCCACUCGAGUUCCCAGGGGCAGAGCUGCUGCUCUCCAAGAAGACGCUGAGCCCCUCGGCUGAGGAGCUGCUGGCCACGCUGCAGGGGCAGGUGCAGUCCCUCACCGUGCAGAACAAGGAGCUGAGGGAGAAAAUACAGGUGCUGGAGAACUACGAGCGGGACGAGAGCAACCCGUCCAGCCCGGGGGACGUGGUGCCCGGCAGCCUCUACCGCGCUCUCCAGCGUGAGCUGGAGCGGCUGCGGGCGCAGCGCUCGGAGCCGCCGCGGGGCACGGCCAAGGGGGACGAGGCCGCUGGGCAGGACGGAGCCUCGGGGCAGACGGAGGGGAGCGAGGCACAGCCGGUGUGGAGCUGGGGCGAGUGCAAGGCGGCGCUGGGCGAGCUGCAGGGGCCGCAGCCGCAGACCUUGUCCUCGGAGGCCGGUGCGGAGCUGGCGGAGGCGCGGGCGGCGCUGGAGGAGCGGGAGCAGCGGGUGAAGGAGCUGCAGGCGCGUCUGGAGGCGGCGGAGGCCGCGGCCUCCCUGGGGGCCUCCCUGGAGGAGGCGUCGAGGGAGAAGGAGGCCUUGCUGGAGCGCUGCGGGCGGGCGGAGGCCGAGGCGGAGGCGCUGCGGCGGGAGCUGGAGGCCAAGGCCAAGGACUGGAAGGCGGCGGGCGGUGCCGAGCCGGGGGCGCUGGAGCGGCGGGUGGCGGAGCUGGUGCGGCAGCAGGAGGAGGUGACGGCGCAGCUGGGCCGGCUGCGGGAGACACUGGGGCGCCGGGAGGCCGAGCUGGGCAGCCUGCGGGAGCAGCUGGCGGCGCGGCCGGUGGGGCGGCAGGAGCACGAGGAGGCGCUGGCGCGGCUGCGGCGGGCGCAGGCGGAGGCGGAGGGCCGGGUGUCGCGCGAGGAGCACGACCGCGCCACGGCGCAGCUGGAGCGGCAGGCGCAGGCGCUGCGGGAGCGCGCGGCCGAGCUGGAGGCGGCGGCGGAGGCCAAGGGGCGCGAGGCCGCGCAGCUGGAGGCCGAGCUGGCGGCGGCCGUGCCGCGCGGGGAGCACGAGGCGGCGCAGGCCGGGCUGCGGGCCGAGGCGGCGGCGCUGGCGCAGCGGCUGGAGGAGCUGUCGCGGCGGCACGAGAAGACGUGCGAGGAGGUGUUCAGGGUGCAGCGGCAGGCGCUGUUCAUGAAGAGCGAGCGGCAGGCGGCCGAGGAGCGGCUGGGCGCCGCGCAGAAGCAGCUGGCGGAGGCGCAGGACGAGGCGCGGCGGCUGCGGGAGCUCCACGGGCACGCCGAGGACUCAGCGCGGCUGGUCAGGGACAGGGACAGGAAGAUCACGGAGCUCUCUAAGGAGGUCUUCAGGCUGAAGGAAGCUCUGAACGCCCUCCCCGAGCCCCGGGGACCCCCGCAGUCACCCCCCGACACCGCAGCGCUCCAGGCCAGGAUCCGUGCACUGGAGGAGAAGCUGGUGGAGACAGAGACGCAGCACAGUAAGGUGGUGACGCUGUACCGGAGCCACCUGCUCUAUGCGGUGCAGGGCCACAUGGACGAGGACGUGCAGCGGCUCCUGUGCCAGAUCCUGCGGAUGCAGCGGCUGCAGGAGCAGAGCAGAUGAGCCCCCGCCAGCACGGCCGCACCGCAGAGCUCGGUGGCACAGCUGGUGACACGAUGGAGGGGACAGGCCUGUGACAGCACCUUCUACACCCCUUUGCAUCUUGGGGAUCACCCUGUCACUGGCACAUACACCCGCAGCCCUGCUGCCCCCACAGCCCAGCACAGCAGCAAUAAAGUGUUUAUAUUCACACCAA